AUGGUUUCCUACCCAGAUUCUGCGAGUGUCGAGCGCUCACUCCCAAUACGGCGCCCACCCUCAGUCUCGUCGCAUUCCUCACGCACCUCGACCGUGCGAAGACAUCGCCAGCACCGCUCGCACUUUGGAGGAACUGCGCUGCAAACGCAGAAUGAGUUUCCCGUCUUUACGCACACGGGCGACGUCGAGAUUGUAAUAAGCAAUGGCCGCAAGGAGCAGCGCUAUCUCUUACACAAGCUCAUCCUUACGCAAUGUUCGGGCUUCUUCGAGGCUGGCACAAGUGACGAGUGGGCGAACGCAGGUGACGUGAGCUCCUCAGGGCCGCCCACCAACGGUACGGCGCUGGCGAGGAUCCCCUCAGGUCCGCGGCAAGAAAAGUUGACGUGGAGGUAUGAGUUGGAUUGGGGAAACAACGAGGAUGAUCUGCCCAUGCUUGUUCAGAAGAAGACUCAGCCUACAAUGUUCGGCGGCGAUGCACCGCCUGCACAACCGCCUCCCGCGCGCAACAAGCCUGCGGCACCGCAGUCGGGCUUCUUUCGGAGCAUGGCCAACUUCUCCACCUUGCACGUCCCAGCUACAGCUCCUGAAAACGACCCCGAUGACGAAACAUUUCGAGACUACGACAAUCUCUUCCGAAUCUUCUACAACUACCCGCCUGCUCUAGACGCAGUGAAUAUCGCAAACGCGUAUGUUGAAUGCAAGUCGCUCCUGCUACUCGCGGAUAUGUACGAUGCACUAGGAGUCAUUGGUCCGCGCGUAGACCACCAUCUGCUACGGUUCCAGGGCAGACUUUGGAAACAAAUAGCCAAAUACCCGCCCAGCUACCUCAAGCUCGGGUACAUGGCGCGGAGUAAAGCUAUCUUUGCUGAAGCCAUGGUGCACGUAGUCGGACAAUGGCCACAAGGGAUCAACCAGCUACGCGGUCAGAUCGCAGAGCCAGUCAUUGAGCUGAUAGAAGACAAGGUCGAUGAGGUGGACGAGCUGAAAGCGAAAAUAGAAGUCAAGCUCUUCCGACUAUCGCUAACCACAAGUCGCGGUGAGCGCGUCAGUCCGUCGAAUAACUGGUUAGAUUGGAUGGCCGUCUCUCUCUUCAGACAAUGGCUCGCAGAGAACACCACACCCCCUCCCGCACCGAUCCUCAAAUCUCCACGACCGCCAGGAUCUCGCAAUGGCGAGUCUGCGCCAUUACCUCCGCCUCCAGCCUUCAACACGGGUCGUAUCUUCAGAUUACUCGGCCAGGGUGGUUCGAGCUACCUCAGCCACGACGAGUGCAAACGGUUCUUACGAUUGAACCCAGACCACUAUAAUCGGGACAACUUGAAGCGCUUCGAGAGGCGGAUCGAUGAGAUUAAGAACAAGGCGAAAGAUGCUGUGAAGCCGCUUAUGCGCAACUUUUUGGAGCUCGACCUGAGAGAAGGUGGGCUGCCGUAUCUGACGUGUACGAGGAUCGAUCAGCAAGAUUUCCCUUGGGACGAAUAA